CUAUUUUUUGCCCCUUACAACGGGAAGGCAAAAAAAAUCCAAGAGGCCUCUCUCCAGGCUUCAGCUACAUUGAAUUCUCAAUUCUCAGAAUCACAUCUCUCUCCCAAAACCCUACCGUCAUCCUUCCAUGUCCAAUCAUCCCUAACACAAACCCUACUCUCUCUCUCCCUCUCUCUCGAAGACUUGCAGAUUACCAGAAUAUUGUCCACUCUCCCAACCACCAAUGGCUAUAUUCUCCCGGCUUCGUUGCCUGAAGUCGCUCCAACGCCGCCAUUUCUCUUCAAUCUUAAGCCCCAACUCCGCCACUCCUCUCACCAGCGAUCAAAAGUCUCGGGCGGCUCUCUCUCUCGUCAAAUCCGAGAAAAACCCUGAACGCAUCCUCGACAUCUGCCGCGCCGCCUCCCUCACUCCAGAGUGCCACCUGGACCGCAUCGUCUUCUCCGUCGCAAUAUCCAAACUCACCGAAUCCAAUUACUUCGAGGGCAUCCGCUCGUUCCUCGAGGAACUGAAGACCCGCCCCGACCUCCGGAACGAGCGGUUCAUAUCUCACGCUAUUGUCCUCUACGGCCAGGCCGGGAUGCUGGAUCAUGCCGUUCGCACUUUUAAGGAAAUGCAGGAACUAGGCAUCACCCGUUCGACGAAAUGCCUCAAUGCGCUGCUGUUCUCUUGCAUUCUUGCUAAGAAGUACAGUGAGGUACGCAGGAUAUUUAUUGAUUUCCCGAAAAGUUAUGGGAUUAAGCCGGAUUUAGAUACUUACAAUACUGUGAUUAAGGCUUUUUGUGAGUCGGGUUCAUCUAGUUCGGUGUAUUCGAUCUUAGCCGAGAUGGAUAGGAAGGGGGUUAAGCCAAAUGCAACUUCUUUUAAGACUUUGAUUGCUGGGUUCUAUAGGGAAGAGAGGUCUGAAGAUGUGGGGAAGGUUUUGGAGUUGAUGAAAAAGCAUGAUAUUUGUACGGGGCUUAGUACAUUCAACAUUAGGAUUCAGAGUUUGUGUAAGCUGAAGAAGUCAUCGGAGGCAAAGGCAUUGUUGGAAGAGAUGAUUAGGAGGCGGAUGAAGCCAAAUGCUGUUACAUUUUGCCAUCUGAUUCAUGGGUUCGGUAAAGAAGGGAAUUUGGAUGAAGCAAAGAGGCUGUUUACGGAUAUGGUGAACAGGGGUUGCAAACCAGACAGUGAUUGCUACUUCACUCUUGUUCACUUCCUCUGCCGGGGGGCUGAUUUCGAUACUGCAUUGCAGAUUUGUAAGGAGAGUAUGACGAAGGGUUGGGUCCCAAAUUUUUCGACCAUGAAGUCUCUUGUGGACGGGCUUGUGAGCAUUUCGAAAGUUGAAGAGGCAAGGGAAGUUAUUAGGCAAAUCAAAGAAAAAUUCUCAAAAAAUGUUGAUAUGUGGGAUGAAAUUGAAGCAGGUCUGCCAUAGUAGGGAAGGUGACAUGGUAUUUUAGUAUGUAAUAGUUUGUUUCGUAGAGCUGUGAAAAUAAAAUGAUCAGCCAGUGAUUAUGCGAAAUAUGGCUUUUGCUGAGAAAAUUCUUUCCCUCAUUUCAUCAUUUGAGUUGUUGGAUCACAAAAUGCCCUUGGCAUCCAUUGUCAUCACUAAAUGAAGGUGACAUUUGUUUUAAAAA